CAUGCCUGUAGCUUUAAACGGGACACAGAAGGCUGCGGAGAAAAACUUCCUGUGUACAUUGAGACGGAUUUGACAUGAAGCUGAAUGUUUUAAGACAGAUAUAAUCACAUAUGCCUCUUACUAGUUUUAGUUUAACUUGUACAUGUCCUGGUACGAUGAUCUAUGUGAGAGAAACAGGGAGAGUGAAGUCUGAUUUAGUCUGGAUCGAAAAGCUCUCUCUCAGAGAUGAAACAGGAGUACCAGGAUCUCAUCCUGCAGGCGACUGGAGCGUCAUCCCUACGAGUCGGUGCAAACAUCCAGACUCUGUGGAGCGGCUACGGGCAGAUCGUUCGCCUCCACCUUGAGGGCUGCGACCGGCCUUCCGUGGUCGUCAAGCACGUCAAGUUUCCGGAGGAGGCCGAGCACCCGGGAGGUUGGAGCACAGAUCGCUCACACGCACGUAAAGUGAGGUCGUACCAGGUGGAGACGCACUGGUACCAGAACUAUUCCACCAGUCAGAGCUCUCGGAUCCCCGCCUGCCUGGCUGCCUGUUCCCAUGGAGACGAGAUGCUGAUCGUGCUGGAGGAUCUGGAUGUGGCUGGAUAUGAUCAGAGAAGGACCAGUGUGAAGGACAGAGAAAUAAAGUCUUGUCUCAGCUGGCUAGCCAACUUCCACGCUCUCUUCCUGGGCGUGGAACCCGAGGGUCUCUGGCCUGUCGGGACCUACUGGCACCUGCAGACGCGGCCGGACGAGUUGGAGGCCAUGGACGACGCUCAGCUCAAAGCAGCAGCCGGUGAAAUUGACAUGAUACUGAACAAAUGUAGCUUUAAAACCAUCGUCCAUGGAGACGCCAAAUUAGCAAACUUCUGUUUUUCCCGAAGUGCAGGUGAUGUAGCAGCAGUGGACUUUCAGUAUGUGGGAGGGGGCUGUGGGAUGAAAGACGUCGUGUACUUUUUAGGAAGCUGCAUGGAGGAGAGGGAGUGUGAAAAGAGGGUACCGGGGUUACUGGACUACUAUUUUGCAGAAUUAAAAAAAUGUGUGAAAACAGACGUGGACUUUUCUGCUUUGGAGAAAGAGUGGAGGGACAUGUUUGCGUUCGCCUGGACAGAUUUUCAUCGUUUCCUGCUCGGAUGGAUGCCCGGACACUGGAAGAUCAACCGCUACAGCAAACAGUUGACCAAGGAGGUUCUGCACAAACUGAAACAUGAUCAGAAAACAUCAGAGCAUUAAAUGUUAGACAGGAACGUGUUUAAUUGGAACCUGGCGACCUGUAUACUGAAGAAUAAAUCACUCAAAAA